UAAGCGCCAGACUGACGUCACACAAAACGUCUACGUUUGAGCUGGCGGAUGUGGUUCUGUUUAUAGCUACUCUUGUAGAUCUUUUUACCUUAAUGUUUGUGUUUUGUUUCGGUUUUAGUCUUUCUCUUACAUGUGGUACCGCUGUAUUGCGAACUCCAGAAUACGAAGUAUACAAAGCUGUGUCCUGAGUGAAGCUGGUGUGGUGCAGGAUGCGGGAUUAGCUGCUUCAGGGCGCCGCAUGGAGGUUGUUCUGCACAACUUGGAGAGCACUGUGGAGCUGCUUGCCGUGUCGCAGACUGUCUCUGUGGCUGAGUGGGACGGUGAGACAGUGGACAGGGCGUUUCGGUGGGCACAAUACUGCGAACAUCUUCACACUCGCUUCCACACAAACCCGUCGGUCCGUGGCUCUUUAGAGACCCGCCUGCGCGAGACUAACCAGCUGCUGGCGCACACGUUCACCGGGUAUCGCGGUCUGACUCUGUCUGAUCUGGCGCAGUGCCGCCACAGGCUGCUUGUUGGUCUGUUAAAAAACCCCGCGACUCCACACCCUGUUAUUAAAUUACUUUUGGGUAAGUUUGGACUUGGGGCUGAAGAUGCUGAAGGUGACCAACAUGUUGACGUCAGUGGUCUCAGCGCCUGCAGGUCAGCGUGUAAACUCUUGGGCGACUUUACACUGAACCGGAAGAGUGAUUUUGGCCUCUCUGCUGGCACACAGGUUCACUGCACGAUGCUCUUACAGCGCAUCCAGGUCCUACAGAGCCACCCAGGCAACCAGGCAUACGCUACAAAGUUCCUGGAUUGUUUGCGGGAGGACAGUGGAGAAGGACAGGACAGCUUUCUGACACUUAUAGCAACUGCCCUGCUGUCAACAGACACCACGAGUGAUUACACUGCAGCUCAAGACUUUCUGCUCGACUGGUUAGAAGGACAUGGUGGCUUGCUGCACAGCAUGUGUUUGUCUUUACCUCCUGAACUGUGCACCAGACUUUCUCAACGAUGGCCGAAAUUUAGGCUUGCUUAUUGGGACAGUUUGAAAAAGUCAGCCUCCUCCUUGGUAUAUGAUGUGAGCAGUGGAUUAUGGAUACGGCCUUGUGACAAUGCAGUGGCAUCAUUUCCGACGCUCACGGAACGGUUGAAGUCCUUGUGGAGCUCAGGUUCACCAUUAAAAGAUGAGACUGAAGAACAGUUGGUCGCUCUGAAACAGGCUGAUGGGGACUUUGAGGUUGAGGGACUGAGUGUGUGGACAGAUCUGCUUGUACAGCUCAUGUGAAAGCUGUGUGUCCCUCUCCAGUUGUUACAGACCAAGAUAUAGGCAGUGGUGUGGUUAGAUAGCAGACAGGGGGAGACAGCGCUCUUUAACAGAUCUGCACAUUGUCUCCGACUACAGAGCUGCAAUAUUACCAAAUUUACUGUCAGAACAGCACGUACUGUAAUCUCAUUUGUGGUUUAAAAUGUAAUAAAAGAUGUAUUUUAUUUACAUAAUUGUUUAUUCCCAGCAGCUAUGCUGAAUUUAAUGUAAAUUAUUAUUAUUCCUGUUGAAUGUAUUGUAUUAUAACCUCAAAACUGAUGCAGAUAAUCUACUUUAAAACCGAUCGUAUUUCUCUUGAA